AUGUCGGUAUCUACGACGGGAGACACGGUUGCCUCGCCUGCAACGUCUGCCGUUGCCGGCAGUAUCAGUGCAACUGCGGCCGGCGGCAGCAAAAGUAACUGUUUGGCCUCUCUGACGUUGUUUUACAGCUGCUUUCUCUGUUUGGCUGUCGUCAUGGGGUCUCAGCCUCUUAUGGGAUACCGGUCUAUAUGGGGCUACAUCCUUUUUCUCUUCAGGUACCUGGCGUACAAGUUCUUGGGCACAAUCUGGGUGAAUAUGUUGCUUACACUUUACCUGACGGGCGUGGGCCUGUUGGCAUUGGGCGAAACAAUAUUCGCAGUGACUAAGCCGCUGUGUCCUCCACAACUGCUGGAUGAGAGUUGGUUGGUCCUUCACCCCAGAGGACCUUUCCUGUGUAUUCGCAAAUGGAUUAGCGGCCCUGCAGCGAAGUCUCCUGAGCCCGACCAGCAACAAGAGCAGCAACCUCAAGAGGAGCCGCCACAAGAGCAGCAGCAACCUAAGGUGGUUGUGGAUUGGAGUUGGCGCUUUAGUCCUCUCUGGAUUAUUUCCCAUUUGGUUGCGUUGGCUAUAUGCACGUUAUGGCUCCUAACAAAACAUUGGGCUCUUCACAACAUCCUAGCAAUCGCCUUCUGCAUCCAGGCGAUAGCGUUGGUCAGCGUGGGCAGUUUCGGCGUCGCCAGCAUUUUGCUAUGCGGCCUCUUUGUGUACGACGUGAUCUGGGUGUUUGGGACGGAGGUGAUGGUCUCGGUGGCAAAGGCCUUCGAGGGCCCCGCUAAGCUGAUGUUCCCUGUUCAAAUCUCCCCUUUGCAGUACAGCAUCCUUGGCUUAGGGGACGUUGUUAUCCCAGGGGUCUUGAUAGCCAUGUGCCUCCGCUUCGACUUGUUUUUGUACCUGAAGCAACAAAACGCAACAGCACAGCAACUAGCAGUAAACAUCCACCAGCGUUUCCCUAAGUUCUACUUUUGCGUGGUCCUUUCCUUCUAUGAGUUGGGCCUGCUAACGACUGGCAUAGUUAUGCUCUAUGCACAGCAUGCACAGCCGGCCCUUCUAUAUCUCGUCCCAUACUGCCUUUUCAGUCUCUUCGGAGCUGCCGCACUCAACGGCAAGAUCAAAGAAGUGCUCGCGUACAAAGAGGAGGAGGAAGCGGGUGGUAGCACGCCGUGCACGUCUGCCCCCGAACAGGCGGAAAAGAAGGAGAACUAA